CGGAGGAACGGGGGCGGUAUCACAGAAGCAAAAAAGCAGAGAUCAAGUUAUUAGGGAAGUCAACCCUGCGUUCAACUCAAAAUGCACUUUUCUCUGGCAGUGUGUUUCGUCGCCUGUGUCGCCUUUGCGACGACGCAUGCCUGGGUCGAAAAUGAGCUGGAGGAGGAGUACCGUGGCGUGGAUUUCGACCAGGGUUGUCGGCCGGCCCCCGUGAGCGGACUGUGCAGGGCUUAUUUCGAGCGCUGGUACUUCGACGUGAACACGGGAAGCUGCGAGCGGUUCGUGUACGGAGGCUGCGGAGGCAACGCCAACAACUACAGGUCGCAGCGGGAGUGCGAAGUCGCCUGCCUGCGUUUUUGAAGCUUCAUCGAGCGACGAAUACAAUCUGGCUACGCCGUACUCGUCAAUCGAAUUGUUUUACAACUAUACACUUGUAUAAAUCGCAAUAAAAAUGUAUAAAAUGUA